AUGUUUCUUCGACUUCUUGGAUAUAGCAAGGAGGACAACAUGUCUCUCUCCUGGAUAUAUGGCUCUCCACUGCUGAUUGACGCCAUCCUCCAAAUUAACUAUAAAAGCCCCAAAUUUUUAAACUUUUUAUCACCUACAAAAUUCACCAGCGUUUUGCUCUGCUCACUCAUCAUGUCUGGUUUCGAGCGCUGUUCUUCUUCUCCGCUGCUGAUUGGCGCCAUUCUUCUCUUCAACCUUGCAGUUGCUGAUGGGAAUGCUGUGGACAACACCGACGACGAUGUGAAGAUCAUGAAGGUUUUCUUCGGCUGGAUCAGUCCGGGGGCUGUCACGAGCAAUGUACGCAAUCUUGUUCUCGUGAUAAUAGGAAUCUUGGCCCUAAUUGCGUGCCUCUGCUUCCUGGUCUAUUGCUUUGUCUGCGGUGGCAACGACAACAAAAAGGUCGACGCCAAAAGCAACGAGAAGUCGUCAAAGAAGAGCGGCACCGACUUGGAAUCGGGACUCGUAUCGGACGCGGAUUCAAAGACGGCUGAAAAAUCAGACAUAAAGUCUGAAGCUGAUAAAUCGGACAAGAAGGAUGACAAGAAGGAGGACAACAACAAAAAGUCCGAUAAGAAGGAUGACAAGAAGUCUGAGAAGGAGCAUACGGCUAAGAGCAAAAGCAGCAGUAGUAGCAGUUCGGAAGGAAAGAAGAAGAAGAGCAAGAAAGGAAAGAAGGGCAAGGACGAUAAGAAGAAGGACAAAAAGGGUGGAAGCGGCAAGGAUAAGGAUGAGAAGGAUGGUAAGGAUGGUACAGCUAGCGACAUUUACAGCACUGAGGAGUCAAAGGAGACCUCGGAAGAGGAUUGAAUACGACGACAAAUUGGAAAUCCUGUGCUCGCUUAGGAUGCUGCUCCUUGCAACCGAACAUUGAAAUAAUUUGCUCCUUGUUGUGAUUUGCCUCUUAGCCGCCCCUCACUUGUAUGUAUAUAUUGUUGUCAUCAAUUCCAUAAAUAUUGUCAUAUAAUAAUUCACACUUUCGAUUCCCUAAAUUUCUUAUGUUCAAUGUUCUUGCCUUGUUAUAUUUUCCUUGUCAUUUUAAAUGAUGUUUUUGAUUCAUGUAAUAUAAAACUUGUGUCUUGGUUUUGGAUUUUUUUCUUU